CACUGCUCCAGUAAUAAGGACAGAAAAAAAAGAGAGAAGCCCUGCAUGACCAUCACCAAGCCGCUGGGUGGGGACAAGAGCGGAGGCAGCAGUGUGGUGAAAAUCCACAAAAUGCCCAGGUACUAUCCCACUGAGGAUGUUCCUCACAAGCUUUUGAGUCAUGGCAAGAAGCCCUUCAGCCAGCACAAGAGGCGGCUGAGGGCCUUCAUCACUCCAUGGACUGUUCUGAUCCUGCCAACCGGUCAUCACAGAGGCAAGCUUGUCAUCUUUUUGAAGCAGCAUGAUACAGGCCUGCAGCUUGUUACAGGACCCUUGGCUGUCAAUCGUGUCCCCCUGCAUAGGACCCAUCAGAAAUGUGUUAUUGCUACAUCUACAAAGAUAGACAUCUCUGGAGUGAAAAUUCCUAAGCAUCUCACUGAUGCAUACUUCUAAAAGAAGAGUCUGAGGAAGCUCAAGUACCAGGAAGGCAAGAUCUUUGACACUGAGAACGAAAAACACAAGAUAACAGAGCAGCGCAAGUUGGACCAGAAGGAGUUGGAUUCCCUGAUCCUGGCGCAAAUCAAAAAGUUGCCUCAGCUCCUUGAGUACCUGCAUUCUACAUUCUGUGUCUCCAAUGGAAUCUAUCCUCAGAAUUGAUGUUCUAACUGCCCUGAAAGCACCACAUUAAAUUUGACA